GCCGCGGCCGCUUCUGCUGGCCGAACUGCUGCCGCCGCCGGGCGGACGGGCGGACGCGCAAAGCCGGGGGCGAGCGCGGCGGGGCGCGGCGGGGCGGACCGGCCCCGAUGAGGCGCAAAGAGAAGCGGCUCCUGCAGGCGGUGGCGCUGGCUCUUGCGGCCCUGGUCCUUUUGCCCAACGUGGGGCUCUGGGCUCUGUACCGCGAGCGACAGCCCGACGGCAGCCCAGGGGGAUCAGGGGCGGCAGUGGUCCCCGCGGCGGUACAGGAAUUACACAGUCGACAGAAAAAGACACUUGUCUUGGGAGGUGAACAGAAGCUGAAGGACUGGCACAACGAGGAAGCCAUCAGGAGGGACGCGCAGCGCGUAGGAAAUGGAGAACAGGGGAAACCUUACCCCCUGACCGAUGCCGAGAGGGUGGACCAGGCAUACCGAGAAAAUGGAUUUAACAUCUACGUCAGUGAUAAAAUCUCCCUGAAUCGCUCUCUCCCCGAUAUCCGGCACCCAAACUGCAACAGCAAGCAAUACCUGGAGACGCUGCCCAACACCAGCAUCAUCAUCCCCUUCCACAACGAGGGCUGGUCCUCGCUGCUGCGCACCGUUCACAGCGUGCUCAACCGCUCGCCUCCAGAACUGGUGGCGGAGAUCGUGCUGGUGGACGACUUCAGUGAUCGAGAGCACCUGAAGAAGCCGCUGGAGGACUACAUGGCCCUCUUCCCCAACGUGAGGAUUCUCCGGACCAAGAAGCGGGAAGGCCUGAUCAGGACCCGAAUGCUGGGGGCUUCGGCUGCCACGGGUGACGUCAUCACGUUCUUAGACUCACACUGUGAAGCCAACGUCAACUGGCUGCCCCCUCUGCUGGACCGCAUCGCCCGGAACCGAAAGACCAUCGUGUGCCCCAUGAUCGAUGUCAUCGACCACGAUGACUUCCGCUACGAGACACAGGCUGGGGACGCCAUGCGGGGCGCCUUCGACUGGGAAAUGUACUACAAACGCAUCCCCAUCCCCCCUGAGCUGCAGAAGGCUGACCCCAGUGAGCCAUUUGAGUCUCCCGUCAUGGCUGGAGGGUUGUUCGCUGUGGACCGGAAGUGGUUCUGGGAGUUGGGCGGAUACGACCCUGGCUUGGAGAUCUGGGGAGGGGAGCAGUAUGAGAUCUCCUUCAAGGUGUGGAUGUGUGGGGGCCGUAUGGAGGACAUCCCCUGCUCCAGAGUGGGCCAUAUCUACAGGAAGUAUGUGCCCUACAAGGUCCCUGCUGGAGUCAGCCUGGCCCGGAACUUGAAGCGAGUGGCGGAGGUGUGGAUGGAUGAGUACGCUGAAUACAUCUACCAGCGCAGACCGGAGUACCGCCACCUCUCCCCCGGGGAUGUCGUGGCCCAGAAAAAGCUCCGGAGCUCCCUCAACUGCAAGAGCUUCAAGUGGUUUAUGACCAAAAUCGCCUGGGACCUGCCCAAGUUCUACCCACCCGUGGAGCCCCCAGCCGCGGCGUGGGGGGAGAUUCGCAAUGUGGGCACAGGACUGUGCACAGACACGAAGCACGGCACGCUGGGCUCCCCUCUGAGGCUGGAGACGUGUGUUCGGGGCCGUGGGGAGGCCGCCUGGAACAGCAUGCAGGUUUUCACCUUCACCUGGAAGGAGGACAUCCGGCCUGGGGACCCUCAGCACACCAAGAAGUUCUGCUUUGACGCCGUCUCCCACACCAGCCCGGUCACCCUCUAUGACUGCCACAGCAUGAAGGGCAACCAGCUGUGGAAGUACCGCAAGGACAAGACCUUGUACCACCCCGUGAGCGGCAGCUGCAUGGACUGCAGUGAGAGCGACCACAGGAUCUUCAUGAACACCUGCAACCCCUCCUCCCUCACCCAGCAGUGGCUCUUUGAACACACCAACUCCACGGUCUUAGAGAAUUUCAACAGAAACUGAGUCCUCAGGCCUCCUCAUCAAGGCCCCUCAGGUUGCUGCAGAGCUCACAAACCUUCCUCCUGUGAGAAGAAGCAUCUGUGGGCCCCAAGGUGCUGGGCCAAAGAGCUUGGGGACAGAGGGUUCUUGAAGCGCUUGGGUUGUGGGGCCAGUGGGAGAACAGGCCAUAGAAACGGCUCUACGAGAAGGCAGAGCCUGCUUCCGUUACGGCAGAGCUCACCAGCCUGCCAACACGCCCCCUAAGUGUUAGGAGUACCUGGCCAGCCUUGGGCAAGGAAAUUAGUUCUACAAGGUUGCCCAGCCCUCGAGCUGCUCCCAGACACGACAGUGCCCUGGAAAGGUGGUAUUGGCCUUGGGGCAGCUUUUAAGCCUAUGUGCCAACUGCUGGCAAGGCGGUCUGCCUGCGUUGAGGCUGGGAGGGGGGUACUUCUGGUACUGCCCAGCUUCUGUGUUAGUCCAAGGCCCUGAGAGCCCACUGGGACCUCUGGGCGUUCCAUUCCUAGCACUGGCCAGCUGCCAGGCAAGGGGCCCCACGCUGUGCAGCUGGAUGUAUAAAGGAUAUCUCCCCUGGCUCUCUGGGUAUUUCAGACACCCAUGCCAGCGUCAGGGCUCUCUGGGCACCAGGUUUUCAGGGCUCCAUCAGCUGAAUAAGUAGACCUCCAGACUGAACAGCUGCCAGCCGACGCCUCCAAAGCCCUUUCUCUGUGUCUCUCCUUGGCAGCUCCCUGCCUCAGAGAGGAACGGGGUUCUGUGAGGUGUCUCCUCCUGCAGUCCCCUGGGGCAACCUCCCCCAGACAAUGACUGCGGUGGUUCUAACUUCACAGAACCCUAGAGUUUAAGAAAGGUGCCACGGUUCUGUUGCAAGCAGAGGCGAGCCAGGGGAUGUGUGAGCAUACAGUGCAAGCAGCCAGGUCCUCACCAAGCCCAUGUAUGACACCCCUCCGCCAGGGGCAGAGGCAGUGGGAGAACAGAGGCUUUGAAACAACCCAGUAGCUGACCAUCCCAGCCACAGCCCCGUUAGCAGUGAGGACCUCAUGAGCUAUUGUCCCCUGACCAGAUCACCCUUAGCCCCAUGUCGAGUCCCAGGGUAAAUGUCACCCUUACCCUGUGACUGUCAUUUGACUGUGUCACUUACCAGUGAGGUAACUGAGGGGUGGUCCUGGGGACAGAGCUCUGCCUUAGAGAUGCUGGCAUUAGGGUCAUCGGGACCCCAGGUUGGCCAGGUGGCUGGUGCAGAGCCAUCUUCACACAUGCUCCUGUGCAUUGUCACGGCUCACUUGUGGGUUCCUAGUGUCCUUUCCCGUAGGAACAUUCUACCUGACAAGUGGCUAGGAAGGAGUCAGAACGGGGGUGGGUGGAUGGGUGUCUAGAGUCCAAUGGGGACAAGUGUUGCAAGCCAGGGGGAGUCAGUCCUCAGAGAGCAAUUUACAGUUAAAAAAAAAUGUGCCUUUUACAAAGAGAAAAUGCAACUGAGCAGCCAGUUUUCCCUAAACUUGAACCACUUCCUAGUGCCUUGCUAGACAGACAGGGGCGGGUGGGGGUCCUAGGAGAUGAGUGUGUGUCUUUGUGUCUGACUUUCAAGCAGGAGGUGCUAGGCUUGGAGCAGAACCUGAGACACAGAGGCCCCUACAGCAGAGGCAACUGCCUGCGGUGUAGCAGCCCUUUCCUGGGACAGGCUCUUGGAGCCUGCAAGUUCUAGGGACCUGGCAGGGUGGGGGAGUGGGGAUGAUGACCCCCCCCAAGAAGUGCUCUGCCUGUCCCUCGCUACCAAGGGUAAGAUGACCAGUUUGGCAUCCAGGUGACGCCAAGCCAAGCAGGUGUUUAAUAAGGCAGGUGCAGCCAUAAGCCAUCUCUAGCCUCGCUCGCUUCGUUCCAUCCUCCUCUGGUCCAUCCCCUUCUCCUGCGGCCACUUCUUCUAAGCUGACUCAGCCCUGUUUGUGACCACUGAACUCUGACUUGAAGGUGUGUCACAGGAAGGACCAGGUCGGCUCAGCAGCCGGCUGCAAGUGCUUAAUCCCCACCUUGUUUUGGCUUCAGGUGUGGAAAUCUUGUCUCAGAGGGUCAGAUUUCCACCCAGCUGAUACGCCUCCCAGGCAGAGGGACCUGUGGACAUGCCACAUGCUGAGGGUCAGGCCAGGUGUCUGGCCCCUUUCCCUCCAAAGCUUUAAUCAGAGGCUAAGAUCGCAAAACAAGACUGGGUUAGAAAGGCAGCGUCCCACACGGCCCCCACGCCCGGAUGAUUCCGGAAGCAUUUUGGAACUCAGAGUGUCCUGCCUCUGAGGCUAAAGCCUUUGUGUGGCAAGCUGUGUUGCCCUCCCUCUCCUGCCAGCUGGAGCUUCCAGCUUUAAAAGCAUCCGGGAGUGGCAGAUCGCAGCGGACUGCAUAGUGGAUUUCCAAAGCCAGCCAGCUUCGUAGUUCUUCAAGCCUUCCUGUUGCCACGGUUCCCGUGUGUAGCUGAGAAGAGCAGCAUUCCUGCUUCAGCAGCCCCUAGUUCUUACAGAUUAGGCGGUUUGCAUCCAGUGCCCAGGAGGCGGUUCCAGCUUAUGGUUUUCAAAAAACUGACAGUGUAAAAGGGACAAAGGGUGCAGUUCCGCCCGUAAAUUUGUCGACGCUUGCCACCGAUGCUGGGCCAGGGCCCUGCUGCCAACACUGGGCGAGAGAGGUGUCUGUGUCCCAGGUUCUGAGAUCUUAACAUGUUCUGCUCUGCUCUGCUCUGUGACCGACCAGAAGGCUGGGGUCCCCAGGGGCUGCAGGAGGGGGAGCUGGGCAGUAAGACAGGGAUUCCAUGGGGGAAAGCCCAAGACCACCUCCCCUGCUUGGAAGAGUGAGCUUUGUGAAGGAUGGCUUACCAUGUUCAGUUGUGACUGUGAUCCUUCAAUAAACCUCCAGACUUUCUCUAAA